AUGUCAGCAUCGAAACAGGGCCCGAGCACAGCGCCAAAACCGAAGAAACGCGGCAAUCUCCCGUGGCUGCGUGACGCCUUCAAGCAGCACGAACAGCGUGGUGAUGGAAAGAUAUCCGUUGCCCAUCUGGGGGACUGCCUGCGUGUGAUGGGCACUAAUCCGACGGAGUCCUUGGUGCAACACCACAUGCGACAGUUGCAGGCCGCGGGCCUGCAACGCAUCUCGUUCGAGGAGGUCCUGGCCAUUUACACCAGCCUGGGCAAGGACUCGGGUGUGCUGGACGGCAAGCAGAGCCAGAAGAUGGCCGCAGAAUACAUCUCCAGCUUGCGGCUUCUGGAUGUCCAAGGCACUGGCUACUUGCCCGCCGCCCGAUUGAGACGCGUUCUAACCAAAUGCAGCGAGUGCCUCAGCGAGGAGGAGAUGGAUGAGCUGCUGAAGGAUCGCGUCAAUGAUCAGGGCCUGGUCAACUAUGUGGAUCUGGUGCAUGCCAUUAUGAAUGGUUAG